AUGCCACCACCAUGUCCUGCUAUUUGCACCACCCCCCCCAACAUGUCUCUGUUCAUGAGGAACAUGGCCGAUGACACCAGGUCUGAAGAUUUACAUCAUGAAUUUGGCCGCUAUGAUCCUAUAGUUUAUAUGUAUGUUCCAUAUGAUUUCUACACUCAUCAUCCAAGAGGAUUUGCUUAUGUUCAAUUUGAUGAUGUUCGUGAUGCCAAAGAUACUUUACAUAAUUUGGACAGAAAAUGGAUUUGUAGAUGUCAAAUUGAAAUCCAGUUUUCACAGGGGGAUCAGAAGACACCAAAUCAAGACAAGAAAGGGAGGACUGUAUUGAGUUCUUCACACUAUGAUGAUUAUGGCAGAUAUAGACAUUCUAGAAGCUGAGGUUAAGAAAAGAGGAGAUCAAGAAGUCAGUCUUUUGCUUACAACCAUAGGAGAUCUUACAGUCCUAGAAAACCAAACUGCAGCUGGAAUGCCCACUACAGUUCUGCUUACUACACUUCCAGAAAGAGCUAA